AUCCUAUGUGCUUGCCGAAAUAAGUUGUAACAGAAUUUCUUUCGCCCUUUUCCGGUCCAGACCUGGGUUUGUGAACAACUAACUCUCCUCUCUUCCAUUGGGAUUGCCUUCCAUUUGUGGCUUCUUAGCACCAUGAAAAUCUUCAAGGAUAUCUUUACCGAGGAUGAGCUGUUCUCCGACACUUACAAGAUGAAACUUGUGGACGAUUGCCUCUGGGAAGUCUACGGCAAGUAUGAAACUCGCAAAGGUGACGAAGUUGUGCUCGAGGGUUCCAAUGCCUCGGCUGAAGAAGCCGACGAAGGCACGGAUUCGACCUCCACUUCGGGUAUCGACAUCGUCCUUAACCAUCGUCUGGUCGAGACCGGCUUUGGAUCCAAGAAGGAUUUCACCGUCUACCUGAAAGACUACAUGAAGAAGGUGGUGAAGCACUUAGAAGACAACGACCGUGCUAGCGAAGUUGACGGAUUCAAAAAGAACAUCUCCAAUGUCAUGAAGGAUCUUUUAGGUCGAUUCAAGGACCUCCAGUUCUUUACCGGUGAGUCCAUGGACCCUGAUGCCAUGAUCUGCAUGUGUGAAUACAAGGAUGUGGAUGGCGAAGAAAGGCCCGUUCUGAUGUUUUUCAAACACGGUCUGAAUGAAGAGAAGUUCUAAAACAAGACAAAUCCCACGACUGGGAGACCCCCGGAGGAUUGGACCCUAGUCCAUGUCAGAUCAGAUCUGGACUUGACCUUUGUUUUAGUUGUUUUUCCCUGUCAUAACUCCCUCCCCCCCCCCAAAUAUUCCAUGCGCAUCUUGGUCUAUGAUUGUUCAGCCUAACAUCAGCAAACACGAAAGGAGGCGGCCAAGCCUAAGAUCGACACAUUUUUUACUCUUUACACACCCUGCCACAUGAUGGGAACGUGACUGAUACUAUGUAAUGCGCCCUUCUAUACCAUCUACAAGAAAUAAAGAAGCCUCUAUCUAGGAA